UAACACAGUAAUGGUCGUACUGAGGCUGUGAUAGCUGAUUUCUGUUCAGCAGACGUUUGGCCAUGCAGGUCACGUGACCCAUGAGAUGAGCGCAUUGCACCUACCGCUGGUCUGUGAAGCAGGAGGACGGUCACAGUUUACUACAGCGACGACACAACAACGAUAAAAACGCCGGAAUCUGUCGUUUGAGAGUAAAAAUGUUCUGGAUACGCCACUGCGCGGCACGCGUCUUCUUCUGCCGUCCCGAAGGUCACCCGCCUGCCCGAAUGGAGUCACCUGCGGCCCCCUGGGUCUCUGCUCCGGACUGGCCUCGGACGCAUCACUGGGCCGUCGUGACCGCGCUGUGUCUCGUCGCCGCCGUCUACAAGCUCGCGGCGCUGCUCGCGCAAAGGAGGCAGGCGCUGCGGAACGCGGAGUCCUUCCCGGGGCCCCGCACGCACUGGCUGUUUGGAAACGUCAGGGAGUUUAAACAAGAUGGGAAUGACUUGGACAGGAUUGUGAAAUGGGGGGAGCACGACCCGUAUGCUUUCCCCAUAUGGUUUGGUCCCUUUGUCUGUUACCUCAACAUUCACCAUCCGGAUUACGUGAAAACUGUUUGGACGUCAUCAGAGCCAAAAGAUCGUGUCGCAUACGGCUUCAUUGAGGCGUGGAUUGGUGAAGGCUUAUUGGUGUCAAACGGUCAGAAGUGGUUUAGACACAGGAGACUCCUAACCCCAGGUUUCCAUUAUGAGGUUCUGAAACCAUACGUAGAUCUGAUGUCCGACUCCACUGUGACUAUGCUGGACAAAUGGGAAAGAUACGCAAAAAGCAAUGAGUCCUUUGAGCUGUUCGAACACGUGAGCCUCAUGACCCUGGACAGCAUCCUGAAGUGCGCCUUCAGCGAAGACAGCCACUGCCAGACCGAGAGUGGAACGAAUGCAUACAUCAAAGCGGUGUAUGAGCUCAGUUACAUCAUCAACCUGCGGUUCCGGACGUUUCCGUACCACAGCGACCUCAUUUUCUACCUCAGUCCACAUGGCUUCAGAUUUAGAAAAGCAUGCAAGGUGGCUCACAGCCACACCGAGGAAGUCAUAAGAAAAAGAAAAGAAGCACUCAAAGGGGUGAAUCGGCCCGACGGCAUCCGAGCCAAGCGGAACUUGGACUUUCUGGACAUCCUUCUCUCAGCAAGAGAUGAGAACCAACAGGGUCUGUCAGACGAAGAUCUACGAGCGGAGGUGGACACCUUCAUGUUUGAGGGCCACGACACCACCGCCAGCGGCUUGUCGUUCAUCCUCUACUCUCUGGCCUGCCAGCCGGAGCACCAGAGGCUCUGCAGGGAGGAGAUCCUUCGAACCCUGGACGGAAGGGACACCCUCUCGUGGGAGGAUCUCAGUAAAAUUCCCUACACCACAAUGUGCAUAAAAGAAUCCCUGCGCCUUUACCCCCCUGUGCCCGGAACGUCCAGAGUCACAACCAAACCCAUGACCUUCUUUGAUGGAAGGACUUUGGAAGCAGGUUGUCUUGUUAGACCACAUGUGUUUGGGAUUCACAGGAAUGCGUCUGUCUGGGAAAACCCGAAUGUCUUUGACCCGCUGCGUUUUCUUCCAGAGAAUGUUUCCAAGAGGUCUCCACAUGCAUUCGUGCCCUUCUCAGCAGGACCGAGAAACUGCAUUGGGCAGACCUUCGCCAUGAAUGAGCUGAAAGUGGCGACAGCCCUGACGCUGAGGAGAUACCAGCUGAUCGAGGACCCCACUCAGAGACCCAAGUUAUUAGCUCAGCUGGUGCUCCGCUCGAUCAAUGGCAUCCACAUCAGGAUCAAACCCGUGGACCAGUGAACCUGGAAGCAUUACUCACUAAGAAAACUAAUCACACAGAGAUCAAGUAACUAAAUCCAACAAGCAAUUUAGAAUCACAGUGAAAUAACAAGUGUUUCUAAAUACUCACUUCUAUUUUUGAGGUGGGAAUAAUUGGCUAAAAAGUAAAUUGUUUGUAUUUUAGAAGUACGCCUGUGCUGGUGCACACAAUGUUACCAGAGGUGGACGGUGAAGUAGUGUGGGGUGCAGUUGACAAAAAUAAAGGUCAAAGUAAUGAAAUAAACAAAAGGUCCCUUUUCUUCUACACACCUAUCCCUGCCUAACACAAUCUAUCCCUUAACCAGCUUACCUCUCUAUGGCCAAAACUACAGGGGUGACCCCCGCCCAACUAACAUAGUGUGUGUAACAAAGAUUUACCUGCGUGAUGCAAACCCAUGGGCAGAACUACCUACCCCUUCUCCAGAUCUCAGGUAGAGCACAACGGGAUCUCACCCGACAGGAUUCAAAACAAACAGAGUCUUUGACAGGCAAUACAAAACACAAGAGCUCUCUCUUCUCUCUUCCUCCCCUCUGCAACCACUAUGCUGGUUUAUAUAGGCCCCGAGCUUGUUAGCCGAUUACUCCCCAGUUCUUCACCAGCCACACCUCCUCGCCAACAGCCAACCAGCCAGAGGUGGGACAAAGUCAUUGUUAUGCAAGUCACAAGUAAGUCUCAAGUCGUUGCCCUCGAGUCCCGAGUCAAGUCGAGUCAAAGAUGAGGCAAGUCCCAAGUCGAGUCAAAAGUCAAAGCCAACAAGUCUCAAGUCGAGUCCAAAGUCUUACCAUUUUGGUUUCGAGUCAUUUCAAGUCCUCUUAUUAUAGUGGGGACGGGGAAACCUGGGUGAUGGUGCGCUGCCUCACAGACCUAGACUACGUAGGGAAGGGUAAUGGUGGAUCGACUGUGACUGUGUUAUAGUACUUUAAAACGGACGUUGACAUAAUGUUGGCGAGGAUUUCCAUCUGAGUCUGAAUCCGGGUUGAUACGGUCAAAUGGAAUGCAGUGAUUGGAUGUCGUGCAGGCAGCGCUCUCUGCAUACAGGUGGCGCACAUUUUUUUGACAGAUGCAGAUAAACAGAGCGGCGCGGCCGUGUGAAAAUGUUUUCCCCCAGUUUUCAUGGGAAGUAGCAAGUCUUCUCGAGUCAAAAGGCUCGAGUCCAAGUGAAGUCACGAGUCAUCGAUGUUAAAGUCCAAGUCGAGUUGCAAGUCUUUGUACGUUUUGUCGAGUCGAGUCUGAAGUCAUCAAAUUCAUGACUCGAGUCUGACUCGAGUCCAAGUCUCAUGACUCGAGUCCACACCUCUGCAACCAGCACACCUGUGAACUCCAAACACACAGAACGUCUCCGUUUACGAAUGUAACCUUAGUUCCCUGAGGGGAACGAGACGCUGCGUGAAAACACUGCGGGAACGCCCCUGCGGGACCGCAUCAUGAAGCACGUGUGAAAUCAGUCCUAUGGCGAGC